UUCCACUCAGAUGCCUCCGAGUAUCGCGCAUGCGUGUAUCGUUGUCGGCACGCGUUCUUUCCACGAGUUGAUCAGUGCGCGUCGAACCAGUAAGGAGGAGGUAUUGUAUCUGUUAUCGUCUCUCUUUCACGGAUCACGGCGUUCUUUUCAAAUUUUGUUUCCUCGAUUACCGAAACCAUCGUGGCGCUACCCAUUUCGAAUUGUCAAACGUGCUUGCCAAGCCCAGUCACGAUUACGAAGUCAUUUUCCCGCGAAUGUACAGGCGUAAGUGUCGUAUCCCGCGUAUUUGUCGCGUCAGUUCGUGAGUGUAUCGCGAGUGUCCGCCACGGGAAUAAUUAUGAGUGGUAUGCUGUCGAUGUUAUGUGUUAUCCUGAUCCUUAGCGUCACGACGACGACGGUACGCGCCGGAUUGAAAUGUGACGGCGUUAAACCUUACUUCGAGUCCCAAGGCUUUCCGGCCACUGACAUUCCCAAGGAGGCGAUUUCGUCAAAGGAGCUGAAAGUAUGCGGCAGCGUGAGAAGCGGCGGCGAGGUGUGCUGCUCCGCGGACAUGGAGGUGAGACUGCAGGCGAGGGCACGCGACAAACAUGAGAAAGCCACCAAAGAAACUCUUCAGCGGUUGCACCAGGUCCUGUCUACGAGAGGGACCAGGUUCCACAGUUUCUUCAAGGAUCUUCUCGCUAAUAGUAAAAAGGUUUUCCACGAGAUGUUUAAGAAGACUUAUGGAAUUCUCUAUGAACAGAAUUCCUUUGUAUUCACCGACCUAUUCAAGGAACUGGAGAACUAUUAUGCCAAGGGAACGGUCGAUCUCGACGAUACCAUGGACAAUUUUUUCAAUACUCUUUAUCAGAAAAUGUUCACGGUGCUGAACAGUCAGUACAACUUUGACAAUAAAUACUUGGAGUGUGUGGGAGAACAUAUGAAAGAAAUCAGACCGUUCGGCGAUGUUCCUCAGAAAUUAGGAGUGCAAAUCAAAAGGUCUUUCGUCGCGACAAGAGCCUUUAGUCAGGCUUUAACGGUGGCUGCGGAUGUCUUGAAGAACAUGCAGUCGUUGAAACCAUCAGCCGAUUGUGCAGCUGCACUCACAAGAAUGACGGUGUGUCCAUCGUGCAGCGGGAUCGCGGGCAACGUGUUAGCCUGUGGUGACAUGUGUGCCAACGUGAUGAAGGGCUGCCUUGCUCAGCAUGCGGCUCUGGACGCUGAAUGGAAUCACUUCGUCGAGGCCGUGGACAAGGUGGCUGACCGUCUGUUGGGUCCAUUUAACAUCGAAAUGUUAGUACGACCAAUCAACCUGAAAAUCUCGGAGGCUAUCAUGAAUUUCCAAGAGAACAGCAACGAUGUUUCACAAAGGGUGUUCACUGGAUGCGGACGACCUGUGUUGGGUAGACGCAGACGUCGAGACAAUCGGGAGUUGGAACUCGAAUCAUUGAAUUUUGAUCAGGAAACACUAACAGACGAUCGUGCUGCUAUUUUGGAUAAAUUGGUGAAAGAGACACGACAGAGGGUGAGAGAUUCCAGACAAUUCUGGGUUUAUCUGCCCUAUAAGGUUUGCAACGAUGGACUCGUCGUUCCUCCUAGCAAUACGAAGGAAUGUUGGAACGGUACACACGUAGAUAAAUACAUUUACCCAGUGUCGUCGAACGGAGAGGAACAAAAAUUGAAUCCAGAGGUACGAGUUACUGGAACAAGACCGACGAUAGUCAGGGACCAGGUCUUCGCAUUGACUACUAUCACAAACAGACUAAAAUCCGCGUACAAUGGACAGGAUGUCGAUUGGAUAGACACAGAAGACACCGAGUGGAACGGUUCUGGAAGUGGAUCCGGGGACGUUCCGGAUCAAGAUCCGAUCACGGACGACGAGGAUGGUUUCAAGGAAGGCUCUGGCUACGAACCGAAAUCUUCACCGCCAGAAACACCGAAACAAUCUCCUCCCGUCGAUCAUCCGGAAGUCGUGCCUCCCAGGAAAGACAUAGAGCAGAAGACAAAUAUCAACAACAACAAUGGCACGUCCAGCGUGGACAAUGGCGCGAGCAGACAGAAAAUAUCUUUGUCUCGUGCUUUGACAACGUAUCUCGUGCCCAUAGUGGUGAUGUGGUUCGGUGGCUGCCUCACCGAGUGGCUGUGAUCAUGUGGUUUCCGAGGAGAACGAUGCAGGACGAUGUAAAUAAAUAUACCGUUUAACGUUACGUGACUCCACCUCGACUGGAACAGUGCUAUAACACGCCAGCCAAUCGAGAAAGAAAGGAGAAAGGACAGUGAUAACUCGCUUUCCAACGACGCGUACUUUUCCAUCCAUUAGGAAAAGCAUUCUUUUACUUUCUACAAUGACGGGUACUCGGUUUUACCCUGCUUUAUUGGGGUAUUGUGCCCGAAUGACCAUUAAUGAGAUGAACAACUUGAUGUUUUGCUGACGCCGGAAUUCGAGAGGAAGACUGGUAUCGUUGAUGGAGGAUUAUAUUUGCAACUGACCUACGGGCCUUUGUACGACUGACGAGCGUGCCUUUAGGAAGAGUGGCAUGAUCGACUGUAAAAGGAUUAGAGUUAGGAAUUUAUUUUCCAGUUCCUAUUUUCUCUUGCGCCAUUGUACAAUUUUUCGGAUUGAUCGAUUUAUGCUUCGAUGUAUGUUUCUCGGUUCGUUUGGUAUAGUAUGAUCGAAAGUACGAUUGAAUAUAAAUUUGUAAUUCAAAUAUCGCGGAUUUUUACCUAUUCAUAAAUAUAAAUUUUAAUUAAAUUGAAAUUAUCAAUGAGAUUAUGUUGCAAUUAACAAAUUGCAAGAUUUCCAAAAUGGUCAUACAAUCCUAAAUUGAACUAUGCCAAAUAAAACCGGACGUUAAUUAUUCUAUUCUCGGAACCAAUCGUAAACUUUUGAAAUGUAGUGGCGUAGGAAGAACAGGAACUACAUCGAGGACCUAAAUGGCCUUGAACGUACAGGAAAGACACAUGGAAGCAAGUAUACGAGAAGCGCAAGGACUGACUAUCGAGCGUCGUAUUUCCUUUUCCAGCUGCCCUUUCCUGAAAACGUUUGAAAUAUUUAUGGCUCGAAGGGCGAGACAUUUUCGAUCGCGUCAAGUUCGAAAGGAUCGCUCAGAAUCUUAGAUUUCGGCGACAAACACGAAACAUUGAUGUUUGUGUUUAACAAAAUAAAACGAAGGAGAAAAAAUAAUAAGAAGGACGAUUAAACUAUUUCGGUUUUCACGAGGAGAUGAUAUCGAUUAUUUUUUAACUCGAGAACCGUCUCUUGUUGAUCAGUGUUGUUUAAAGAGUUGUGAAUAGAGAAGAAAGUUUGUGGCGAAUGAAAAAUUAUGAAUGUAGGACGAUGGCUGACGUAUGAUAAACGAUUCAUAUACUUUCAUUAUCUUUUACUGAUUAUCGUUAAAUAACGCAAAAUGCUCGACGAACUCGAGGGCCGAUUUUUUAAUCGUACAGAUCGGUAAAAGAAAUUUAUUUGACGAUAUUCUUUUAUCUACGGUUUUAGACUUUUCUUCGACAAUUUUUUUUCUUUUUUUUUUUUAUUUAUUUAAAAUAAUAUUUUAUCAUCCGCCAUUCGAAUGAAAUCGUCCUAGCAAUUGAAACUCGACGAAACGAGUCAAAGCGUAGAACGAGCGGUCGAGAAUAGGCUCCUGUGAUAAAAUUAAACAAAAAAAGAGAAAAAAUAAAAAUGUAAUAAAAAGGUAAAAAAAGUAAACGAGUGAUGUUGGCCGCUAUCACACGCUGGCAUCGUCGAGCCUAAAACAAGAGGGCGAAAGGACAUAUUCUAUACAAAUCUAGUGAAAAUAUUCAAAUAAAUAAUAUGAAUAAUUAUUUGUAAUUAUAUUAUUAUAUAUAUAUAUUAUUAUAAUUAUUAUAAUUAUUGCAAAGUGAAAUUAAUAUAAAAAUUAUACGUUGCGUUCGGGAUAAGUGGUAAGUUUAGAAAUGGAAAUUACACGGUUCUUUCCUUCUUUCCUGCUCGUCUGAGAAAAUACGUGGCUUCGCGAGGCAAAGAAAGAAAGAGGAACCUUGUGCUUGUACAGUGACUCCUAUCAAUAUUGGGGACACUAUAAUAUUCUAUCCAUUACUACUCUGUACAUUUGACCAUAAUUAAACUAACGUAUAUUUUGUUUUUUAUGAUAAUAAAGCAUAUAUUCUUCUUGA